AUGGCAGCCAAAAAAGGCAGCCAAAGAUCAUCAAUCUCAAGUGCGGUCGUCCACAGUGAAGGUAAGCCGACCUCACGGAGACAACGGCGAGGCAACCCUCCAAACAAAAAAAUGAAGGUGAAAGUAGCCAAAAACCAUGUAUCCAACAUGUUGACAGUUUAA